AUGAGUACGCACGAGAAAAAGGUCCCCCGGGCCUCAAACCUCCGCACCAACAAAUCCCCCAUCGCAACCCCGCCUCGCGCCGCCCUCCACGGCCGAUCGAAGACAGACCACUCCACACAGCAACAAGUCACAUCCGACAAUGCAUCUACGAAAUCCGGUCGAGAAGGCAGCGGUGCAGUCAGCGGCGGAGGAGCAGACACCACAUCCACCUCACCCGCAUCCGAAGUCGAAGACAGCGCCUCCAUAUCCUCAAUCUCCAUCUCCCUCCCCAAUCACAGCCGCGAGAUCCUGCACGAAAAGGACCGCAAGAUCGCCGACCUCGAACGCGAGCUCUCGGUGAUGGAAUCUGAAUUCUCGGCGGAACUCACAACCCUCUCUCACAAACUGACCAACGAAUCGGAAACCGUGCAGUUCUGGCAGCAGAAACACUCCUCUCUCAACCAGACGUUCCUGCAAACGGACACCGAUCUGCGCUUACUUAAACAAGAAAUCGCGGGGUUUGCGGAGGCCAGAGAGGAAAGGGAUCGGGAUAUCAAGACGAGGAUUUCGAGUCUGAUAUUGGAUCGGGAUGCGUUUAGAGAGGCGUAUAAUGAGGCGAUGGGCGAGGUGAGGGGGAAAGAGGAGAUGGUUAGGUUGUUGCAGGGGCAGGUGCGGGGGUUGAAGAGUUGGGUUAGCAGUAGUAGUAAGGUUGGAGAACAGGUUAGUGAUGAGGUUUUUGGAGAGGAGAUGAGGAGGUUGGGAAAUGGGUUGCAGAAUUGGGUCAUUACGCACUUUAGGAGGGUGAGGAUUGACACAUCCAAAGCCCCCGACAGCACCCUCUCAAGCCUCGAGCACCUUGUCCCAGCCUACGAGUCGCUCGCCUCAUCCUCCAAGAUCCACCUCAUUCAAUCCCUCGUCUCACAACUCCUCGUCACGCACGUCUUCUCAGCAUACUUUAUAGGUCUAGCUCCCGAGCAGGCAAACGAGUUAGCGAAUGUGGAGAAGACUUUGAGUAAUUUCGGUUCAGCAGAAAGCAUGAAUCAAUGGCGCUCAACAACGCUCUCAAUCCUGCGCAAAGAGUCACAAAAGCUGCAACCCUCAACCACAGCUGUAAUAGACGACAUAGUCUCGCAAGUAAACAAUAUCAUGGACGGCAUCAGUGAUACCAAACACACCGAAGGGCGAGACCAGGCACUACGGAGCAUGAUCGGCAGCUCGAUCGAACUCUCGCGGCAGCUGCGUGUGCAAAAAGCCGCGUACAGCAUAAUGAUGCCAAGAAUCGUCGAUUAUCAGAAGACGAUGUUCGAUGCUGAUAGCAUGGAAGACAUUGGUGGAGAAGACGAGGAUAGUUUAAGUGAUCGGGAGAUCAAAUGCGUGACUUUCCCAGGAAUAGUGAAAGCUGGGGAUGAAAAUGGGGAAAAAAGCCAUCUGAGAAACGUGGUGGCGAAGAUUAGAGUGCUUUGUGCACCUGAUUGA